AUGAAAACAAAAACAUUUCUGAAUGGGGUGCGUCCAGAAUAUAAUUCCGAUCGACCUGUAUCCAUUACCGCAAAGCUGACUGACCGUAGUAAAAUCAACACAAUUCUUAAUGCCCAAAAGCUAAAGAAAAUUGCUAAACAACCAUUGCCUUUCUUUAUUACAACGCAGCAACCUGCAUCUAUUGUUUCCGCUCGAAACAAGGUGUUUGAUACGGCAGAUAGUUUGCGCAGCCAAAACAUCACUGUUAAGAUUCAAAAGAAUCAGGUCAUCUUGCCCAACGGCUCCACAUAUAAAGAUGACGUACCAUUUCUCACAAAUGCAGAUGCUUUAUUGGUAACACCUGAAGAGACAGAACACCUAGACUCGGUUGAAAUAAAAAACUCGGACCCAAUCAAAAAGGACGGUUCGGAAUUUAUGGCUUUCGGUGCUCGAGUUAAAAAUGUGGAUGAUGUGAAGAAGAUGUACAGCAAAGUCCUAAUAGAUCCCUAUGCAGCAAGUGCUGAUAACCGAAUUUUGGUGUACAGAUUAUCUACAGAGAACGGUACCGUUCACGAAAAUUAUCAUGACGAUUCAGAACACGGGGCUGGGCGUAAGAUGCUGCGCUACAUGAAAGAAAACAAUAUAAACAAUGCAGCUUUCGUUAUCACAAGGUGGAUGGGGGAUGCCCAUAUUGGACCCCAGAGAUUUUCAAUUAUGGAACAAGUGAUUAAUGAAGUCGCCAAUUCUUUAGAAAUGUGACUUUUCAAACAGUUUAAGACUGACGGUAACUAUAAUAUCAGGUGACCUUUUUGAUCUUGUAAAUAUGUUCAUUUUUCAUAUAUAGGCCUAAGUACGAAUAUUAAUGCCGUUUUCCCUUCAAAUUCAAUACAACGAAAGUUUUUAUUAAGAAUAUUAUUUUUGUUUAAUAUAUAAAUGGGUAAAGCCGGAUUUAAAAGUAGUUUUCAACUUGGAAAAUAUAUUCAUACUUUUCCGGA